GAGCGAGUGGGGCCUGCGCUUCUCGCGCGCGAUCUAGGCGGGCCGUUGGGCUGCUGGUCGUCGGCCCGGGCCUCCGCGCCCUCUCCCUGCCCCCUAGGCGGCAGCCUCCUCGUUCUUUUCCCCGCGCCGCCCCGAAGCACGCCGCCCUGGCCGCGCCGCCCAGCAUUCCCUUCCCUCAAAAUUAAGCGGGCGGCGGGCCGGCAUGGAGGACAAGAGCUUCACGAAGGAGCUGGACCAAUGGAUCGAGCAGCUCAACGAGUGCAAGCAGCUGAGCGAAAGCCAAGUGCGGAGCCUCUGCGAGAAGGCUAAAGAAAUACUUACAAAAGAAUCAAAUGUUCAAGAAGUACGCUGUCCUGUUACAGUUUGUGGGGAUGUCCAUGGUCAAUUCCAUGACCUUAUGGAGCUCUUUAGAAUUGGUGGGAAAUCACCAGACACAAACUAUCUCUUCAUGGGAGACUAUGUUGACAGGGGCUACUACUCUGUAGAAACUGUGACUCUUCUUGUGGCAUUAAAAGUGCGCUACCCUGAGCGCAUCACAAUUUUACGAGGCAACCAUGAAAGCAGACAAAUCACACAAGUAUAUGGCUUCUAUGAUGAAUGUCUACGGAAAUAUGGAAAUGCCAAUGUAUGGAAGUAUUUUACAGAUCUGUUUGAUUAUCUUCCACUUACAGCUCUAGUAGAUGGGCAGAUAUUCUGUCUCCAUGGAGGUCUUUCUCCAUCUAUAGAUACACUGGAUCAUAUCAGAGCUCUUGAUCGUCUGCAAGAAGUUCCACAUGAGGUAACCAGUGACACUUUGUUCCCAUUUUGCAGAGAUAUUGUUGGGCUUUUAUCAAAAGCUAGAAGGCACUAUAUCAUGUUUCUUAAAAUUGAAGCAAAGCAUUAAAUGAAUGGGAGGGAAUUCAGAAAGAGCAUGACAUUGCUGGAAAAGAGGGGUGGGGGAAGUAAAACCACCGCUUCCUCCCUUCCAGCAUAAGUUCAGCUGGGCUUUGGAUGAGGUAGAUCCUGGUCCUUGGCUCUCCCUGGGCAGUAGGAGUAGGGUUGCUUACUGACUCACCGCAACUUUACUAGGUGCUGGGUGCAUCCCUUGCUC